AGGCAAUUGGGAGCGUGCAACUCUUUGUUCGUCUGCCGGAGUCUGUCUCAGGAUGUCGCAGCCUACAAAGCGAGAUGCAGACACUGCCUUUGAAGGCAACCAUAACGGCAGCUCGCACGAGCAAAAGCGCCAGAGACGAAGAAGAAGAAGCGGAAAAGUCGAUGUCGAGAAUACCCCGUCUUUGUCGAAAACGACGGCGUCGCCUGCUGCGUUGAAAGCGAAAACCUCUAAUAAACCUGUAAACUCCACUCUGAAGGCCAAGGACAUAACCACGCCAAAUACACCGACUUCUAAUGAUGGCAAGCCGAAGAAGCAGAACUCUGCGAAGACUCCGACGAAGGCAUUAACUCCCAAUCAAAAGCCAUCAGACUCGUCGAAGAAGCUGAAGGAAGCCGGUGCUGCGUUGGACAAGGGAAUCACUGCGGAGCCGCAGAAUCUGGCCGGAACAAAGAACCAAAGGAAGAAGAGUACAUCGUUGGAAUCAAAAUCCAGCCACAUACAGUCACAACUUACAGGCACCAAUGGUGGGAAUGCUGAAGGAUCUGACUUGAGAUCGAAAGCGUUGGCCAAUGAAUUGAUUUCAGAGGGACCAGCAUUGAAGUCAUCCAAGAGGCCGAGGAAACGCAAUACCAACCCGCUGAAAAAAAGGAUGACAAGCACCGAGAAUCAAAAACUGGAUCACUUGGCCAGAACAACCCAGCAAGACCAAUUCGUCAAGCGAGAACAGAAAAACCAGUUGGUAAAAAAAGAUAAGCACAAGCCGAAAGCCCUCAAGAAUCCGAAGACGGAAAAGUCGAUUCUAAUCGGCGGUGGAUUCAGAUUAUCUUCCGGCAACGGUGGCAUGUUCAUCGAUCAAGAUCCAAUUUUGACCGCUGAUGGCCAGUAUCUGAUCCUGCCGACACACUCUGAAAUCCAAGUCUACUCGACCAAGACAUCCCUUCUGGUCAGAAGCUUUCGUGUCGACCCGCGAUCCGAUAUCACCUGCUGCUCUUUGUCGAAGGCUGACCCCAAGAAGUUGUACGUCUCUAGUUCGAGAGGAUUGGUGUCUUUAUGGGAUUGGACAGCAGCUGCUGUGAUAGGUAAAUGCAACGCGGGGAAUGCUUCGCUGCAAGUCCUUCCUUUGUGUCAACAAGAAGAUAAGGAGACAAUUCUGGUUCUACAAAUCGAUGCGCAAGGCUCUAGGCGUCUCGCUGCUUACUCCGUCAACACAAUCCUGGGCAACUUCACAGAGUCCGACACGGUGUUGCAGAGGAUUAACCUAUCACCUUGCUUCAAAUCUUACGCACAAGGAACCGUGCUGUUGGCAUGCGUCGAAAACCAACUGUUAAUUGGCCAGUGUCAAGGCACAGCUGAAGGCCAGUUGGAUUUUACCUACAUAUGGAGGGAAAUCACAGUGCCAGGUUUCAUAACAAGCUUUGACGCCCAAGUCAACUCAGGCAAAUCCAAAACCUCACGAAAAGUCCCUUUCCUCGAUGUUGUGAUCGGUCUCAACGAUGGGGCCAUUGUGCACUAUGAGGACAUACUCUUCAAACUCAUUGGAAAAGAGAAAAAGAACAAGGCUUCGACGGAGGACAUUGUUGGCCGCAAGCUCCAUUGGCACCGGACCGCUGUCAAUACCGUAAAAUGGUCUCGGGAUCGGAACUAUAUCAUAUCUGGCGGUAACGAGACGGUGCUCGUCAUCUGGCAGUUGGACUCGAACCAGAGGCAAUAUUUGCCUCAUCUCUCAACUCCAAUCCUGAACCUCAGCGUCUCAGCUUCUGGAUCUUCCUAUGCUUUACGCUUGGGUGACAACUCUGUUAUGAUUUUGUCGACAGCUGAUCUACUUCCCUCAACAAACGUCUGCGGCUUGGCUCUGGGGAUGUCUCAGAAGAACUCGAGCCCGCUCCUUGCUCACCCAAGUGUUCCAAACCGACUAUUGGCCGCUGUGCCUUCCGAUGCCGGCGCGACAGGCCCGUUUCACGGCCGAUAUUCAACUCUCUUACAAGUCUACGAUGUCGAAUCAAACAUUCAAGUUGGUCGUCAAGCUUUAACUCGGAACAUGGUCACCGCCUCCAAUGUCGCACCCACGGGACAACCGGUCAAGGAACCAACUGUGACGCAGAUCGCCGUCAGCCACGACGGCAGGUGGUUAGCAACAGUAGAUGAAUGGCAACCCAACGAACAAGAUCUGGACAGUACGUACAUCCGAUCCGACUGUACAGAUGUUCGCGGUCGAUCAACCGAAACAAGUCUGAGGCUGUGGUUGUGGAAUGAAGAGAAUAACAACUUCGAGCAAGUGACCAGGGUUGACGAACCUCACACAGCAGGCCCAAACUCUGUGCUCGGUGUGUCAUUUAACCCCGCGAAACUGGAAUUGGCCACGACUGGCAGUGAUGCGACUGUUCGCAUAUGGUCACCAAAAGCGCGUCACCGGAACGGCGUUUCCGUCAGGAACAAGGCUAAUGAGCAGCUUUACACCUGGAGUUGUUCAAGGACAAUUCAAUGUGAUCAUGACGCUCCUCUCGAACGUGGAGGCAUCGAUGCAAAAGCAAUAUCUGCCGCCCUGACCUAUGCGGAGGAUGGCUCAGUAGUCGCCGCUGCUUGGUUCUGGCCUGGAAACCGGUCCAGAUUGUUGGAGGAAUCUUCUGCUGCGACUUUCAAAGGGCCUCGAACUCGCUUCGUGCAUCUCAUCGACCCAGCCACAGGCAAAAUUGUUUCUUCCGAACCCUCCCUUCUCCCUAGUACUAGCAGCGCAGCGAAACUCCUCUUCCACUCCCGCUACCUCAUAUGCCUCUCACAGACUCUCACAAUCCUGGAUACAAUCACGAACCGAUUGGUCUCAUCGCCAAUCCAGCUUGACCAGCAGUACGUCCCACCGAGGAGCUGGAGCCCGUUCUACAUUACAAAGAAUAAGUUCGAUGGAACGAUUGCGAUAUGUCUUUCGCGUUCUGAAAAGCCGAGAGGGAGUAAAUUGGUGCUUUUGACUUUAUCCAACGACGACUCGCGUGAUACUGUUGCAGGCAGUCAAGAUAGCCCGGGCGUGCAGGCGAAGGUUGUGUAUCAGACUUCGUUCAACGGAACGGUCAAGGGACUACUUGCUCUGACCACCGGGCCGGGGUAUUUGAUCAUCGAUGAGAGGAAUCAAUACCGGUUUCUGAGACCGACGGUGGGGGCAUUCACGGGGACAAUCGCAGGCACCAGAGAGACAGAGCAAGUCACUCGGAGCCUGGACAGUAUUUUCGGUCGCCAAGGGCUCGUGGCACCAGUGACUGCCGCCGCGCGUGAAGAGGUGCCUAACACAGCCGUCAAUACUGUGGACGCGCAUGUUGGCGGCGGCGGAGGGCUUAACUCGGUGCUGAGGUUUUCUUCGUCGGCACAAGCGCCCACGCCGACAGAGUUGUUUCAGAGAGUUGUGGGUGUGUUGGCCCAAGGAGGUGAGAUUGAGUUAGAAUAGACUGAGCGUGCGAGUCGCAUACAGCAAGAUGAACAGGUGUAAGAAUGGUUUUCACCUCGCGUACGACGUACCUAGUCUGCUCAGAUGAAGGACGAUUCCAUGCGGCAGGAGAUGGAGAGAAAUAGAUCCGGUUUGCAAAGAAUGCGUAGCAGAUGCUUUGAAUUGCGGAGAGAGGUCUCUGUGUGGCCCAAGUGGUGAAUCCAACCUAUCUGUCUGCGUGUC